UGUAUGAGAUUUUGCACCAGUCGUCAGGUCGGGGCUCCAUGAUCCUUCUCCACGAAUUUUGUCAAGAUUACGGCAUGGUCGUGUCACCGGAAAAUGGCGGUCUCCCCUCCCCUGAUCGGAGUUUGUUUCUCCGGCCCCGGUCCCGGUGCAAUUGUUGGUGUACGGCUGACCUGGCGGAAAGCGCCUGGUCGCCUACCCUACAUCCCACCUCCGUUAUAAAGCCCUCGUCGACGGAUCCAUUCCCUGACGAGCUCCUAACUCACAAAGCCCGGCCGAGCUCGCGCGCAGGGCAGGCAUGGACACGACGCUGGCCGACUACUCCCGGCUCCGUCAUACCCCAGCCGUCUCGGCGGAACACCACGCAGCCCGCGGCGUCUGCUCCUUCGCCACUCGGGCCACCGAAAGCCUCGUCCGCGGCCUCGUCGCAUGCGUCUUCGCGACAGGUUAGCCAGUCGCCUCGCCAAAGUUUACGCAGGUUUCCGGCGUGGGCCGCCUUCGAUUGGUUGAUCAUCGAGCGGUCGAUCUUGGCAGUGGGCACGCUUCUCGGCGCGAUCACCGGCGGCCUGAUCGGGCUGGCGUCGGAGACCGGCGUGGUGCGAGGCACGUGGGUGGGCGGCAUCACGGGCGUGCUGGUGUCCAUGGAGGUGGUCGACUCCUCCCUCGCGAUAUGGCGCUCCGACGAGCCGGCCAUCUGGAGCGUCGUCUACGUGCUCGGCGUGAUCUGGAGCCUGCUGACCGGCCGCCUCGUGCGCGAGAACGUGGACCCCGCCGUGCUCAGCGCCGUCGAGACCCAGAUGAGCGCAGUGGAAUCACUGGCCCGGCAAGGUGACGGCGCCGACAUCUUCGAGACGGGCGGCACCAGCGGCAUGACGAGGGCGGCCAUCGACGUGCUCCCAGCUGCGAAGUUCACCGAGCGCGGCAACGUGGACGCCAGCGGCGAGCUCAUCGCGUGCUCGGUUUGCCUCCAGGAGUUUGAAGCCGGCGAGAGCGCGAGGACCCUGCCGGUGUGCCGCCACACGUUCCACCUGCCGUGCAUCGACGGCUGGCUGCUCCGGGAUGCCUCCUGCCCCUUGUGCCGCCGCGCGGUCUAGACCAUUUUUGUGAAACACAGCAACGUCACCCUUCACCCUUCUGCAGCUCGUCAGAUGGUCAGAUUGACAUCUUGUGUAACCUUAAUUUUUCGUCACCGGUUAAUAUAUGCA